AUGCGACUUCAAAUACCGCCUAGACGCAAUCCACAUCAACCGCGAACGGGUCCCGGCACGCGCGAAUACGUUGACGAUUUCCGCGAGAACCUCGCGACACUGAAGGAGAACUACAACAGACAAGGCCAGACCUUUGACGGAGAGAACAUCACCAUCUGCAUCACAGUCUUCAACUUGGUCUACAGGUUGGAGUCUUUGAAGGAGCACGAGCAGGACAUGAGGCCGAGGCUCGUUGAACGCCUUGAGAAGGAAGAAGAGGAGCUCGCAAAGGCAACCAGACACAGGGACGCUCUUGCGGACCGAAGCAACAACGUGCGCGAUGUCGAACGACAGGAACGACUUCUGCAAAAACAGCUCGGCAACAUCAACACGAAGAAGCAGAGCAUGCUCGGGAACGCAUGGAGGGUCCUUGACAUGGAGGAGAAUUUGCAAGAGGGCUUGGAUCUCGGAAAGGCAAGGAAGCAGUAUGGGAGGAAGGCGAAGAAGGACAAUGGUGCUGGCGGAUGCGAAGCUAUGAAUAUCGACGGCUGA